AUGACAUAUAAAAAGCUCGGUGUCGUCGGUGCGACAGGGCGGUUGGGGACAGAAGUGACCCGCGCCCUGGUCGAAGAGGGCUUUGAAGUCGUGCCGUUUUCGCGCAAGGAGACGACCGUCGCUGGCAUUCCCACGCAAAAGCUCGCUCCAGAGACCAGCCUCGUGGGAUUUGACGUGAUUAUUUCCGUUGUCGGUAUAUACUACGAUUUCGUCGCUAUUUUGUCGCAUAGCCCCGAAGGAUGGGCCGACCAGAUCCCGCUGAUCGCGCGCGCCAAAGCUGACGGCGUCAAGCGCUUUAUUCCCAGCGAAUUUGGCAUGGACCACCGCGGCGAGCACGUCGAGUACCUGGCGCCGAAGGAGAACGCGCUCAAGGCGGCACAGGAGGCGGGGUUUCCUGACGGCUGGACGGCCUUCAUAAACGGCUUCUUCGAGACUGUCAUCCCGCUCAUGGUACAGUGGGAUCUGGAGCAGGGCACCAUCCGCGUCGUCGGCAAGGGCACAACCGCCUACCCCUUCGUCUUCCGGCACGACAUCGGGCGAGCGAUCGCGCAGACGCUGAAAGCGCCAGCCGAUACGUACAGGGAUACCUGGGUGCUGCUGGCCAGCGGGUGGGCGUCCGGCAACGAGAUCGCGCAGUGGGUGGAGGAGGCGGCGGGCAAGAAGCUGGCCGUCGAGCACGUCGAACCCAGCGCGGCGACGCCGAUCAUCAGCCUGCUGGAGAAGACGGGCCGCAACGUGUUUGACCGGAGCUUGGCGACGGACCUGGGAUUGGAGUGGGGGGAUCUGAGGGCCCCUAAACUCAUCGAAUAUAAAGUAGCAACAGAACCUGCAGAUGCUGAAUUCGGACUGUCCCACCAUGUCAUCGAUUUUUAUCAUUUUGCCAUUGCCCAUCCCCAUGAUCUGGAGGAGCCUGCAACGGCUGACAUGUGUACUGAGUCACUGUGUAUCAGAAUCAUCCAUCCGGAUGACUUUAGUUACUCCAUCAAAGGGGCUCUUUCUUUCUUUUUUAUAAACAAUAUUAGUGGUUAUAUUGACUAUUCAAGAGUACCUCUGAACCGCUUACCUAUCUAUCUCAUAAUGAAGAAGUUACGAACUUCUGGUGAAUACAUGAUUAAUAUUAAGCCAGAAAUGUAUCACAUGUACACCUCAUUUAGUAUACAAGAUACUGCACAGUACAGGCAGUUCCUUACUUAG